AUACACGGCAGUGACAAUACGCCCCUCCAACUUGUAAUUACGACUAUAAAACUUAGAUGACCUCUGGUCCCCGAUCUUUCCCCGUUGAGCUCUGAUGUCAUCCCCGAUCUUUCCCCCUUGAGCUCCGUUGAGCUCUGAUGUCAUCCACCACUGAAAGUGGCAACAAACAUUUCGGCUGUCAAUGGUGAGAAUAGUUAUUGCGUUCCUUCGGAGCUCUGAACAUGUUAACGCUCCAAGUCAUUCCUCCGAAGUAGACAAGUCGUUCCUCCAUGACGUGAAUGUGGUCUAAGCCUCUGUACUACCCGGUGAGUGUGUGGAGCUGUGCAUUGCCAUAAAAAUCUAAGUUAUUAUUAUUAGUCUAGCUCCACACAUGAUUUUGCCUCACAGGCUCCCCUGCCUGGUCUGGGCAACUACACAAGCCUGCCUGGGGGAGGGAUUGAGUAUGGUUACAUCCAAAAUGGCAUCCUAUUACCUAAAAAGGGCUCUAGUCAAAAUCGAGUCAAUGUGGAGACUAUAAACAGGGGGUACCAGUUCAGAGUCAAUGUGGAGGCUAUAAACAGGGGGUACCAGUUCAGAGUCAAUGUGGAGGCUAUAAACAGGGGGUACCAGUUCAGAGUCAAUGUGGAGGCUAUAAACAGGGGGUACCAGUUCAGAGUCAAUGUGGAGGCUAUAAACAGGGGGUACCAGUUCAGAGUCAAUGUGGAGGCUAUAAACAGGGGGUACCAGUUCAGAGUCAAUGUGGAGGCUAUAAACAGGGGUACCAGUUCAGAGUCAAUGUGGAGGCUAUAAACAGGGGGUACCAGUUCAGAGUCAAUGUGGAGGCUAUAAACAGGGGGUACCAGUUCAGAGUCAAUGUGGAGGCUAUAAACAGGGGGUACCAGUUCAGAGUCAAUGUGGAGGCUAUAAACAGGGGGUACCAGUUCAGAGUCAAUGUGGAGGCUAUAAACAGGGGGUACCAGUUCAGAGUCAAUGUGGAGGCUAUAAACAGGGGGUACCAGUUCAGAGUCAAUGUGCCAGUGUGCGGGUCACCGGUGUCGAGGUAAUUUUGUACAUGCAGGUUGGGUUAUUAAAGUGGCUAUGCGUAGAUAAUAACAGAGUAGCAGCAGCGUGGGGGGGGGGGCUCUCAUGGCUUUUAGAAGCCUCUUGAACCUAGAUUUGGCGCUCCGGUACCGCUUCCCGUGCAGUAGCAGAGAGAAGUCUAUGACUAGUGUGGCUGGAGUCUUUGACAAUGUUUAGGGACUGCCUCUGACACCGCCUGGUAUAGAGGUCCUGGAUGGCAGGAAGUUUGGCCUCGGUGAUGUACAGGUUCACAAGCUCUUUACGUUUUAAAUGGAUUACUCAAUCACCACAUACAGACUCGGAGGGAGGGAGGGAGGGAGGGAGGGAGAGAUUAAAUGGGUAUCAUUAGUUACAGACAGACUGUAAACCACUAACACACUUGAUAGCCCGUAGGGACCUAAAAUUAAUUCCCAUUCAAAAUCCUAUUUUCCCUAAACCUUUACCCUAACCUGUAACUUAACCAAACCCUAAUUUUAACCCUAAUCGUAAACCUAACCCCUAAGAUUAAAAUAGACUUUGUCCUCAUGGGGAUGUGGGAAAUGUCCCCACAAGGUAGAACUACCCUUGUUUUACUAUCCUUGUGGGGACUUUUGGGGAUUUCAGGUCCACACACACACACACACACAACUUUAGGAAUGGGACAUAUCAUAUUUUUAUAUGUAAAAGUAUCUUACUGCUCUAUUUUAUUUAGAAUUUACAGAAUCCUUCUAACUUGUUGAAACUCGCCGAACAAUGACUCCCACCAAGACAAGCCAGGACGGCUCUCACUGUGACAGCUCAGUGGUUGCAUCUGUCUCAAAUAGCCCCCCAACACAGAUGCAUAUCAACAAAGGUUCCACCCUAACCCCCUCUGAUGGCUCAGGGGACUCAGCAGGGUGGUCAGCCACUGUGAAGACCCCAGCCUCCGGGACCACCAGAGCCACAGCCAGCCAGGCCAGGGGAGCAGGAGCAAAGACCACAGAUACACGUUACGCCAAAAAGAACAUCCCUACUGUCAGAUAUCAUCCAGAUAUCAUCAUAGAGAAGAAUCCUGAGGCCCAUCAGCAUAGUCAUAGCCCUGUCAAGAGCAGCCAGGUCAGGGGUAAGCCUUUGGUCUCUCCCCCCAGGACCAACCAGGUUGGGGGGAGCUCUAUGGUCUCUCCCCCCAGGACCAACCAGGUUGGGGGGAGCUCCAUGGUCUCUCCCCCCAGGACCAACCAGGUUGGGGGGAGCUCCGUGGUCUCUCCCCCCAGGACCAACCAGGUUGGGGAGAGCUCCGUGGUCUCUCCCCCCAGGACCAACCAGGUUGGGGGGAGCUCCGUGGUCUCUCCCCCCAGGACCAACCAGGUUGGGGGGAGCUCCGUGGUCUCUCCCCCCAGGACCAACCAGGUUGGGGGGAGCUCCGUGGUCUCUCCCCCCAGGCCCGAAGCCAUGCCUCUGGGGUUAGGUCAGAAGAUGGAGGGUGGCGUUGUGGAGGCGGUGGAGCUCCAGACCCGGGGCCAGAGAGAGAACCCCAGUUGGUUCGCCUGGCGUCGGAACCGCAUUACAGCGUCCAUCGCUCACAGCCUCGCCCACAGCCGCUUCGUCACUGGCCAGAGCCAGACCCCGCCUGCUUCCUAUCUGGCUGCCAUCACCGGCCGUGGCACCAACUUCAAAACCCGAGCCAUGAACUGGGGCAUUGAGCGGGAGGCCGAGGCCGUGCGGAGAUAUCAGAGCCUGAAGAGCAAGGCCCUGGGCCGGGCGGUGAGGGUGCAGGAGUGUGGCCUAUUCAUUGACCCCAAGCGCCCCUGGCUAGCAGGCAGCCCUGAUGGCAUUGUAGAGGACCAGAGGACCGGCCAGCGGCUGCUCUGCCUGGAGGUCAAGUGUCCCUACAAGCACCGUCUGAACACUGUAGCCCAGGCCUGUAGAGAGGACCCAGCCUUCUGCCUGACGAUACAGGACCUGGGCGUGGGACAGGUGAGGUACCAUCUGAAACCAGACCACACCUACUACACCCAGAUCCAGUGCCAGCUGGCGGUGACAGGGUUAACCCAGGCUGACCUAGUGGUGUUCACCCUGAAGGAAACAGCCAUCAUCCCUGUGACCUUUGACCCUACGUUCUGGGACGACACGCUGGUCAAGCUGGAGAUGUUCUACACCGACGCUGUCCUGCCCUACGUCAGAGACAACGGACUGGACGUACCAGCCAUGAGGCCAGAGGAGUAGCUAGCACUUAACACACAGGGGGGUGGCUAGCUGGUUCAGGAUGUCAGAUAUAGAAGUCCUGAGAAAAACUGUAGUUUGUGGUGAAGGACUGGUCUGGGUAGAGUAAGUGGUGAAGGGCAAUUGAGACUGCAUAGAUAAGUGGUGGAGGAACCUUCUGCUUUUGUCAGAUAGGCUUGGAGAUUUGAACCUAUCACUUUACUGUCAAAUAUUUGAAUGUAAAUAAACCAUGCCUGCCUUAAGACAUCUCAGAUACCUGGAGCUGAUUUCAUGUGUGCAGAGAUCAACCUAUAUGAUCAUCAGUAGUGUGGCAGCUGACCGGAACAUAGAGUAGUUGUGCUGGAGAUCGCCUGCUUAAAUGGACACUAGAAGAUUACAUGCUUAAUGAUCGUGAUGCUUUGCUCCAUUAAAACAAGACCAAACCACAUUAUCUGGUCUGGUGACUGAUGUUGUGUACAAGGUACUUGUGAAAAUAAUAUGUAAUUAUGUAAACAGAAUAACAAUGAGACUAACGAGUUAGUCCUUGACCUUUAUUACUGCAUGUGUCACAUAUAAUAAACAACUCUUAAAGAAAA